GAGUUCAGAGAUGCAAGGACUGUGGUUGUUCGGGGUCAAGCCACCCUGAAGCUGCACACCGAUAAACCCACGGUCCACAUGGAGUCUCAGAGCACAGAGGUUGUGGUCCACAUCUACCCAGAGUUUGGACUGAAUUUGGACUCCGGUCUCCUGGUGAGGAUCAUCCUGGUAUCCGUCUUGGCGGGGGCUCUGCUGCUGGCUCUCAUCUGCCUGUUGCUUCGAAAGUGUGGCUUCUUCAAAAGAGCCAGUACCAGGGAGCUUUACCAGGCCAAGAUGCUGAAGGCCCACGUAAAGAGCCAGCCAUCUGAGAGUGAGCAGCUUUCUGAAGAGCACUGAAGCCUUUGACGCAUCCAGUCUAGAUGGCUGCUGAAAGCGCUGCAAAGGGUGACUACCAGCAGUACUUUACCAGAGGAGGAUUAAUGGGAAAACGUUUCCUGGUUUGGAAUUAGCAGGCGUUGACCUUGGAUAGAAAACCUCAUAGAACUGGGUCUUUCUCCUGGACUGUGGCUCAUUGAGACGCCAUUUCCAUGGAAACAACCAAACAUCUAUAUUUUGUCUUGGUGUGGCAGCAGCAUGUGUGUUCGUGUGCUUUCCCAACCCUGGUAACAGACCUGUAUUGAUCUGUUUGAUUUGGAAGAACGAUUUUUAGGGGUUCCAACCCAGAGGAGCAGAUUGUCAGGAGCACCUCCUAUAAAAAUGGUGUUGCAGGUGAGGGUUUUCCUCAGGUGCCCGACCUACCAGCUUUCAGUUCUAGACGCUCCUCUGGAUGUUUCAAACCUUGUUUGAUACUUGCUGUGGUGUGAUCUAAUAAAGGUCAUGAUGAGGUCAGCGUU